AAAACAUAUUUAUUUAUUUAUUUAUUUUAAAAAAGAAUAACCCCUAAAGUGUAUGUGGCAGGAGGGAGCCAUAAACAGCCCAGAAUAUCCUAUAGGAGGACAUGACUGAUGGACUGAUCAGUGAACUCUUCACACAUUUUGUUGCAGGUCUCACUUGUACAUCUGUAUUUCACACUGCACCUUCGUUGCCAUGCAAUAUUGCAUCAUAGCAAGCUUCAGUUUUAAUUUCAGCCAUUGAAUACACAGCUUCCACCCUUCCCUUCUUACAAGAUUCCCACCAUUCAUCUUUAGGAUUUCAACAUUCAUGCAAAUAUUCCUUUCUGAUUCAGCUGCGUCACGAGGUCUCUCAGCGACUUCCUCCUGUUGCCUCUGCUUUUAGCCUGACACCCACUCACUGCAUGUUUUUGAUCUUGUUUUCACCAAGAACUCCUCUGUCCUCCUGUUUCACUUCAGAAUAAAACCUCUGAAAGAUUCUGAAGUUUUAAGCGGGGGAAAGGUGAUGCUAUGGCAGCUAUUCCAACACCACCAUUACCCACAGAAAAGCUACUGACCAGCCCAUUUAUGAAGAAGAUGAAUACACCGACUUUGCAAGAGGAUGCCAACGUGGCUGUCAUAGGAGCUGUCAUCGCUGUGGUUUUCGUCACUCUCCUUUCGGUCGUCGUGCUGAUCAUCGUUUACCUGUACAAGAACAAAGGCACCUACCGCACCUAUGAACAAGCUCCACCGGAUCCAGAGGGCUCGGUCCAAAUGGAGGAUCUCCCAUGUAAAGGCGAGAAGGAAGAAUAUUUUAUAUAGCUGCCAGCAUGCUUUGGACACUGAGAUCUUAAGCAAACUGUUUAUUACAUUGUAAACUGUUUGUUACGUUUGACACCCAUUUUUGUCAAGGAAUUAAAGCUGUAUUAUUUAUUUCAUUUUAUAUCACACCGUGUUCCUAAGCAGCUCGACUAGGCACUGGAAUAGGAGUUGUGUAUUGUGACAGCAUAGAGGUUGCCCCUUUACAGGUCCAAUAGCUGUGAUCUCUGGGAUGCUCAAAGUCAAGUUGCAACACACAGACCCUCUAUGAACCCUCUGUGUUUAUUUGGGGUUAGAGUAGGCAAAUACGUCAUUGGAGUACUGAACACUUCUUUCCCUCUUACUACCAUCUAAGCCUGAUACACUCAGAUGACUGCGACAGGUGCAGGAAAAUGGACUGGCAAAAAAUUAUACUACUUUUGCUUUUCCAGUACCUAUAAACCUGCAGUGGUCAUAGCAUAAAGCAUAUUUGCAUUUAACCUUGCUUCUCUGCAGUAAUAAACACUCAUGCAUGUGACUGAGGCUUCAAGACAGUUUUAGUCUCAUGUGAAAAUCUCCAGUGUAUGACAAAGCCAGUAUGUGUCUACUCAACUGUGCGUCUCUGAUAAUUGUACAAUUCAUGCAGUUUCAAACAGCUUCUCUCUCAGGCUCAUGCUUUACAUUGUGUGUGACAAUGUGCAGAAAAAUGAAAUUUACCGGUAAUCUUUCUUCUCUUUGGCUCCAGUCAUUCUGCAUUCUGAAAUUUUGAUAUCAAGGUUCCUGUGGCAAUUGAUGCUUUUUUCAGCUUCACUCUUUAAGAAGAUCUGCGUUACAGUAUUAAGAUUGUAUCUUGAGAAUACAAGUGUUGUGAAAACAGCAGCCCCUCUGAAGUUCUCUCCCUUCCCUCUGCAACACAUAACCAACAGCCUGGCAUCCCCAAUGGCACUGAUCCGGCACCAGCAAGGAAAUGCACACACUGCGAAUGACUCAUUGCUUUUGGAGGUUUGCAUUUCUGUAUUUGUAUGUCCUAAACCGGCUGUUUGCUUUUUAAACUAUUUUCUCAAAUUUCUGCAAGUUGCUUUCGAAAUUUUAUACGGAAUAAAACACUUGACCAGAUCAGUUUGGAGGUAAAUGUUGCCACACACUACGGAAAGGGGAAAUAAUCUGAUGUGGCAGUGCCAUUUUGUACGGCACCCCAACAUCGUAUGUAGCAAACCAGCCUUCCAUAAAAGCAGCGGUGUGUGAUAUGCAUUCUUAAAUGCUACUUCAAUUUGAAAUUUUGGAGAUGAAAUCUGUCUUGUCUAUGUAAAUGUGUUCAGAAUUAAGAGUUUUAAUGCCAAACUGAAUGUAAUGAUAAGCCAGGAGUGGGGUGCCUUUGCCUCCCCAGGCCCCAGGCAGCCUAGGCAACGGUCAAGGAAGAUGAGAGUUGCCAACUAACAUCACCUGCAGGGGAUCAGGUUCCCCACUGCUAUGCUACAUGCAUUGUUAGGAAGCCUGUUGGUAUUUUUAAAUCAAUCACGCAAGGGAACAGAUCAUUGAGAUCAGAGUGUAUGUUACUCUCCCCACGGCAGUCCUGACAAAAACCAUUCUCCCCAUAUGGUUGGGGAUAAUAGUAGUUUGAGAGAGGUCAGGGCCACAAUGCAGAAGAGGAGGGUUAAAUCUCCCCUCUGCAUGCUGCUGCAGUCCUAAGGACUCCCCCACCAAUUUUGAAAACAACUGAUGGGCUUCCUAAAGACACAUUUCACAUCCCAUGUAGUUUGACGCUAAAAGCUGAAUAACCAAACGGUGUUUCACGCUGACCAGUUACACUGCGCAGAGAAACAAAUAAAGGCAAAACAGAUUUUAAAUGUUCCGGUGUUAUGAUGGACAGGAAUUUAAGAGGCUAAAUUCAACUCUGUCACUUUAUUCAAAUUUUCAAAAUAGCCUUUAUUCUACUUGUUUUUAGUAUAAAAAGUCCACAAGUUAAGUGCACCACAGUGUUUACAGAGAGACCUAGAAUCCCAACCUUUCAUUAACAGUCAGCUGUAUGGUUGACCAUGACACAUACAACACACAGAAAAUUAAGAUAAAAUAUAUUCACCAAAUCUGAUAAUUUUUUUAAUUCAUAAAAACAAAAGCAAACAACAACAAAAAAAGAUUGAGGAUCCCUGAAAUAUUCUUCUUAACUCUAAUAAGACUUCAUUGUACCCAAGCCACUUUGUAACGUUUGCAUCUAAAACAAAACAAAAAACCAACUCAUCAAAGCCAGCACCUUUGCAUGCUGAUUGACAUCCAACAGACCUUCUCGUCUCUCUAGCCUGAAUAACAUUCCAUACAGUUUUGUUAUGAAUACACCGGGUUGCUUUUU